AUGAUUAACUCGACCCAAUUCUUGUCAUUUAUACUAGCUGGAUAUAAUGACACUGGACCACUAAAAUUCUUGUUUUUCAUUCUAAUAACUGUGUUAUACAUCUCUAUAUUGUUUGCCAACACAUUACUUAUUGUGGUCAUAUGUAUGGAGAGAAGACUUCACAAACCCAUGUAUCUGUUUCUGUGUAUUUUGUUUGUAAAUGACUUGUAUGGAAGCACUGCUUUGUUUCCUGCUCUAAUGAUUAAUUUGGUUUCAGAUGACCAUUCAAUUUCCACUAUGUACUGUUAUCUACAGAUUUUUUGUAUAUAUUCGUAUGGAGCAAUUGAAUUCAGUAAUUUAGCUGUCAUGUCCUAUGACAGGUAUCUUGCUAUAUGUUAUCCACUACAGUAUAAUGUCCUGAUGACACCAAAGAUGGUGUGCAUUUCUUCAUGUGUAAUAUGGUUGUUGAUUUGUAUUCAUAACAUUAUACUUUUGUCUUUAACUAUUCAUUUAAAAUUGUGUGGGAAUGUAAUAGAAAAAGUGUACUGUGACAACUUCCUUGUAGUGAAACUAGCCUGUUCUGCUCCUGAUAUAACUGUCAAAAAUAUCUAUGGACUCUGUGGUCUUGUUUUGUUUUUGGCUGUCCCGUUAUUUACAAUUAUUUUCUCAUAUAUUAAGAUUUUGACUAUUUGUUUGAAAUCUUCCACUGAGACUCGACAGAAAGCAGUCAGCACCUGUACUCCUCAUCUGGCAUCACUGCUUAACUUCUCCUUUGGCUGCCUAAUAAAUCUGCUCCAGAGCAGAUUUGAUAAGCCUUUGCAAACCUUUCCACCUGUACUUCAAACAAUUAUUUCGGUGUAUUUCCUGAUGUGUCAGCCCCUUUUAAAUCCUGUUGUGUAUGGAGUUAGGAUGUCUAAAAUCAGACAGGCUUGUAGAAACAUACUUCCUGUACGUCUCUAUACGAAAACAUAA